UAAUCUAUUUAUAGAUAUUUUUGUUUACAAAACUUAAAAGCCACGUGUAAAUGUAAAUAACACGGCAUCAUUUAGAUAUAGACUAUAGUAUAAAUAUGGGCAGUGAGAAUAAUAAGCUCAUAACUUAAUUUGAAAAUAUAACUAAAAUAAAUGUCACCGUAAGAGGAUCUGCACAGAGAAGUCGUCUGCUAAAAUACAGAGAAAACAAGUUAGAACGUACACUCGUGCUAUAUUGUACUACUGGAAUUCUUAAAAGUAUUAUUGAUAUAAAACCGGAUAGGAAGCAAUGGCGAGAAACAUGCUAAAAAUGUUAUUGUUUAUGGGUGCUGCCUUCAGUACAAUGGCAGAGAGCUCGGGCGAUAAUUACGGUACAGUGAUAGGAAUUGAUCUGGGGACCACAUAUUCAUGUGUUGGCGUAUACCAAAAAGGUGGAGUUGAAAUCAUUGCGAACGAUCAAGGGAACAGAAUAACACCGUCUUAUGUCGCUUUUACUGAAGACGGAGAACGUCUUAUAGGGGACGCAGCUAAAAAUCAACUAACGUCAAAUCCUUCCAAUACUAUAUUUGAUGUAAAACGGUUCAUAGGACGGACCUGGGACGACCCGGUAGUGCAGAGGGACAUGAAGUACUAUCCUUUCAAAAUCGUUAAUGUAAAUAAUAAACCACAUGCACAGAUAAAAUCUGGGUCUGACGUCAAGAUAUUUUCACCGGAAGAGAUUUCCGCCAUGGUUCUGAGAGAGAUGAAGAAAACUGCUGAGUCAUACCUCGGACAUAACGUCACUCAUGCGGUCGUUACCGUGCCUGCGUAUUUUAAUGAUGCCCAAAGACGUGCUACAGAGGAUGCCGGUAGAAUUGCUGGACUGAACGUAUUGAGAAUUCUAAAUGAACCAACCGCAGCAGCCCUUGCCUAUGGCUUAGACAAGAGAAGUGAAGAUGAACAUAAUAUUCUUGUUUUUGAUCUUGGAGGCGGCACCUUUGAUGUUUCAUUACUUACCAUUGACAAUGGGGUUUUCGAGGUACUUGCCACAAACGGUGACACUCAUCUAGGCGGAGAAGAUUUCGAUCAAACGGUAAUGGACUAUUACAUCAAGCUGAUAAAGAAGAAAACAGGACGUGAUAUUCGAAAAGAUUUACGUGCAGUGCAAAAGUUGCGCCGAGAAGUAGAGAAAGGAAAACGUGCAUUGUCCUCUUCUCACCAGACAGUUAUAGAGGUUGAGUCUCUCUUUGAAGGAAACGACUUCCGAGAAACACUAACAAGAGCCAAGUUUGAAGAACUCAAUAACGAGUUGUUCCGUUCCACGUUAUCUCCGGUAGAGAAAGUACUAAAGGAUGGAGAUGUGAAACCGUCGGAAGUAGAUGAGAUAGUUCUAGUAGGAGGAUCUACAAGAAUUCCAAAAAUACAACAACUUGUGAAAGAAUUCUUCGCUGGAAAGGAACCAAACCGUGGAAUUAAUCCUGACGAAUCUGUAGCUUACGGCGCAGCUGUUCAAGGUGGUAUUCUAAGCGGCGUCGAUGAUGGCAACAUUGACAACUUGAUAGUUAUUAACGUUAACCCUCUUACCCUUGGUAUAGAGACGAUGGGCGGGGUGAUGACUAAACUGAUUGAGAGAAACUCUCCAGUGCCGACCAGAAAGUCACAAAUAUUUUCAACAGCUGCAGACAAUCAGCCCGCUGUAUCUAUUCAAGUAUUUGAAGGUGAAAGAACCAUGACGAAAAAUAAUAAUCUGCUUGGAAGGUUUGAGCUGACAGGUAUUCCUCCUGCUCCAAGAGGUAUUCCACAAAUUGAAGUUACAUUUGAGAUUGACGCUAAUGGUAUAUUAAGGGUGAGCGCUGAAGACAAAGGAACGGGACAGAAAAACGAUAUUGUCAUUGAAAACAAUCAAAAUAGACUAUCCGAGGAAGAAAUUGAACGAAUGAUUAAGGACGCUGAUAAAUAUGCAGAAGAAGAUAAACUUCUGAAAGAAAAGGUAGAUGCUCGAAAUGAGCUUGAAAGCUAUAUAUAUUCGUUGAAAAAUCAAAUUAAUGAUUCAGAUAAACUUGGCGGAAAGUUGUCAGCAGACGAUAAAAGUGCUAUAGAAAACGCGCUUAAUACUGAAGCUGAUUGGUUAGAUAAUAAUAUAGAUGCUGAUACAGACGAUUACAAGGAACAUAAAAAAGAACUAGACGAUAUUGUCCAACCUAUUGUGAAACAUUUGUAUGAAAAUACAGCAAACAGUUCUGAUCGUGAAGAGUUGUAGUUAACAGUAUAUAUAUCGUCAAUUUUAAUUAAUAUAAUCAAAUUUAUUACAGUAAUUUGCUCAUCUUGUUGUUUUGUUUUUUGCACAAUUAUGAUACUACACUAGCAUAAUAUACAUAUCCGUGCAGUUGCAUUAGAACUGUUAUCAACCAGUCCAAACGUGCAAUGACUGACUGUGUGCCUGUAAAAUAUAAAUGGAAAUAAUAUGUAUGGUCGUAUGAAUGUAAAAUUGAAUAGAUGUGAUUUUUAAAAAACAAACAAAUAUUUAUGUAUUUAUUGUUAUUUUUCAUAAAAAUGUGUUUUGUUUUGCUGUGACUAAACUGUUUAAUUAAUAAAUCGUGAUAAAAGUGUAAUAA